GCCAGCCGUCCGAUCGGCGCCGGGGGAGCCGUGGUCCUCUGCCCCAUGUUCCGCGGCCAUGCCCCUCUACACCGGCUCCCCCUCGCCGUCGCCGGCGGCGGCCGCCGCUCUCCGCAGCGCAUCCCCGUCGUGCCGCACUGUCACGCAUGUUAUGUUUAGGCAGAAGUAUAGUUUCAUGGUGGCAUUGCAGGCCCAACAUUCGAAAUAUGCUCCUAACUUGAUCAGAUCGGUUGUAAAAAGUAUUAGAUCAGAUACUACUGAUGGUGACAAUGGAACGACCGAACCAGCUAGGGAAUUGUUGGAGCGGCUAUUUGUGAGGACACAAAGUUUAGACAGUAGUGCUUCUCAUGAUAGUGAACUGAGCCUGAGCAUCGAGGUACUCAAGUCUGAAUUCGAGGGCGUCUUGUCCAUCCUGAGAAAGAAAGAGAGGGACAUUCGGGAUGCGGAGAAGAGGGUUUCUGAUGAUCGGGUAAGAUUGAGCCAGACAAAACAGGACCUUGAUCAGAGGGAGAAAGAGAUCAGCAAAGCACAUGUAAGGCAACAAGGAAUAGAAAAGGCACUGAAAAAGGCAAGUAAAAAUCUGGCGUUACGAGUGAAGCAGAUCAAUAAUCUGAAGCUUCUGGUCGAGGAGCAAGACAAGAAAAUUGCCAGUUCACAAUCUUUGCUUUCUCAGAAGGUAGUUGAAGUGGAAAGUCUCAAACAAGAUAUGUUCAAGAAGAAUGAGGAAGCAAACCUACUGCGUUCAGAGAUCAAGUCUAAAGAACAGCUUCUUCUUGCAACUAACCAAGCCGUUGUGCAGCAAGAAGCAACAGUUAGGGAGCUGCGAAGUGAAAUUAAAAGAAAGACAAUGGAUAUCACCAGAUCAAAUGAAUUAAGGAAAGCUAAUGAAGAGAAACUAAACGUUGCUGAGCAGGAACUUGAGAAGCAGAAUUUAGGAUGGUUAGCAGCACAGCAAGAGUUAAAGGAACUUGCACAACUGGCAUCCAAGGAUACAGAUGAUCUCAAGGGUACUAUCACUGACUUCAAACGUGUGAGGUCUCUGCUGGAUGCUGUACGCGCUGAACUUAUAUCUUCAAAAGAGGCUUUCGCCUCCUCUCGCAGACAGAUAGAAGAUCAAGCGGUGCAGUUGCAGAAGCAAGUGCAAGAACUCAAGGACCAAAGGGUGUUACUGAUGUCGUACACCCGUGAUUUGGAAGCUGCUCAACUGGAGAUCCAAGGAAAGACAAAGGAGCUCAAUAAUGCACACUCUCGUUGUCAUGAACUUGAAUCACAGUUAAUUCAGGAAAUGGAGAAGGUUGAAUCUUUAGAAACGGAAUUAACCAAAGAAAAAGAGAGCUUGGAACAGAAAACUGAAGAAGUAGACUUUCUUCAGAAGGAGCUUGUUCACAAGGAAAAUGAGUGCAGUAAAUCACAAGAACUUGUUAAAAGAAAAGAGUCUGAGCUGUUAGAAGCAAGACAUGAAGUCCAGGAUAUGAAAUUAAAGGUAGAGUCUAUCCAAUCGGCUGUUCAAGAGAAGGAUUCGGAGCUUUCAUAUACACAGAGCAGACUGACUGAAGUCAGCAGUGAAGUUAUUGAUCUUCAGCAGCUACUGAAUAGCAAGGAUGAUCAACUGGUUCAGGUUAGAAGUGAAUUACAUGAUAAAGGACAACAUAUAAAAACAAUGGAGAGUGAGUUGGAUAGCAUACGAUUCAGAUGCACUCAAGCUGAAUCUGUGGUGCAAAGGAUGGCUGAGCUCACUGGCGAUCUUGCUAGUUCCGUAAAAGUUGGAGAAAUGGACAUUUAUGCAUUACUCGAUGAUGAAAUUUCAAGCACAGGUACAGCUCUCGAGUCCAAUAUGCAUAAGCAUAAUCAACUGGAGGCUGACAUAGAGAUGUUAAUUGAUGCCAAAGAUCAAGGGCUGAAGGCAGCACUUAGGAAGUGGGAUGUGAAGGGGGUGGAACUAGACGAGUUGGAAGAGUUACCUGAAGAUCCCAGUGCCACGAUAGAAGUUACUGGUCUUUCCAGUGACACAACAGUGGGCAGCGUUGUAGGAGAGAUGGAUCUCCAGAAACUUCAAAUUGAAGCUGCUGAGGCGGAAGCACUUGCUGCUACUGCUGCAUUGAAGAAAUUUGCGGAUAUGACUACGAAAUCCUUCAAACGUGGCAAAGCUGAUUCUGAUAUCGAUUCGGUUGCAUCAGAGAGUGCAAACAUCGGUAAAUAUGAUUCUAAGAUGGAAGUGGAGAAGAGGACGGAUGUGAUUCUUGAAGCUGAAAAGGAAAUAGUUAGGCUCUUUUCCUUGACAAAACAGCUUGUCACUGAUGACGUAAUAUAUGAUGUGGAGGAACAAUAGCUUCUGAGUAAAAUCAUGCAGUCAAUCAAUUCUGCCAAGGUACAUCUUCCAAGGUAGAUUUAGCAUAGAUAUACACCAUAGAUGUUUUGAAUACUUAUGGAUAGCUAUGUGGCCCAGAAAGGUAAGAUCCUCCCUGGUUGAUUUGGUAAAUGCCAUUUUAAGAAAGAUAACAUGUUGAGAAGAAAGUGGUCAUCCAAUCCUUUGUUGUUUCGGUAAUGUACGUCAAACAAUUCCUCCUAUCCUUGUUGUUCAAAAAAAAAAAAUCCUCAUAUCUUUGUGCAAUGUGUUCCUACUAAAUAUAUGUGGGGAGUUACUGGUAUGGAAA